CAAAAAGGCAAUACAGCCAAGCUUAUCUGAGGAGAUGGUUGGUGGCAACAGAUUUGGAGGAGAGUGAGAUGAUAGCUGAAGUGUGAAUAGAUUGAAAUUUGAAUUCUUUGUGAAGAAGUCCCAAUGUUCCGGGUUUCGAUGAGUUUAGCAAACUAAACCAUGGACCUCCCGACACUGAAGCCUCCUGCUACCAGCCAGAAUUGGAAGACCAUCCUCCCUCUGAAAGAGGAUGUUCUUCCCCAGUGCAAGUACAGGCAACAGUUGCAACGGCAAUACAUUAAAAAUGCAUCGUUGAACUUGAAAUUCUCCCAGGAUGUAGUUAACUCCAUGAUGUUUUACCGUGUCCCUUUCAAGGAAACAGAUGGCAGAAACAUGUUCAAUCUCUUUGAGAUUGUCGCACCCCAAGAGGUGAAAGACCACCCUCCCCGCAGGCCUGGCCAUUUGAAGCGAAUUUCAUGUCACCCAAAGACUCUACGCCAGGUGCCCAAGAGGGAGGCAGAAGGUCAGCAGGCUGCACUGACCACAGACCGCUCUGAUCGGAGAUCAACACCCAGCCAUCUGCACGAGGACGCCAUCUCUGCUGAAGUGAUCCGCAUGCCAGAGAGCAGCAGUCUUGUGGCAGGAGCAUUGCAGACUCCAUCAGUGGAGCAAUGGGGAGACAUCCCCGAGAGAGGGGCAAAAGAUUCCGUUAGCGAGCUGCAUGAGCCGUGGGAUGAGUACCUGAUGAAGAAAAUGAGCAAGAGGACGGCACAGUGGCUGGUGACCAAGCAGAUGCCCAGGGGCCCUUCUCGCGCCAGGCUCAGCAAACUUCUGCAAGACCAUUACGGCUCUGCCUACACCCAUGCCCUGGUAGAGGAUGAGACCAUGACUGCCAGUGAUUUCCACCUGUACGAUCAAAUCAAGGCCCAAGAGCCUGUUGUGACUGUAGUUAGGAAAGAGACCAAGACUCCACUGACUGCAUACUACAGGGUUCCUGGGUUUGACCUGAAUGAGGGCAUGGAGGAACCUGGAUCUAUAAAUCGAACUGCAGCCAACCUGAAAGUGAAGCACUUUGAACCUCCACCAAAACCCAAGACCAUUCUGAACUCAAAGCUUGGGAAACACAUCUAUUACACUGAGAAUGUAUUUGAGCAAGAUCUAUACACUGGGUCAUCCAGCGUGGUUUACCACCGUGGUGAGAAAUACAAGGAGAGGAUCAUCAUGGACAACCUUUCCGAGUAUCAGAAACACCUCCAAGAGCGCUUUCCCCAGCCCCCAGAAGAGUGGUUGGAGGACAAAGGGGACAAAGACAAACAGCGGGCGCCUCCAGGAUCCAAGAGGGUGUCAAAAGGCUUGAGGCGGUGGACAGGCCUGCCUACCCUCACUGAUUACACCAUGGAGCAAGGACUGAGACUGCCAGACUAUGAUCUGGUGGAAAAAAAAGUGAAGAAAUCCUUUAAAAUGCAAGAGGACCUGCAAGUAAUGCGCAACAUGGUCACAGGAUGGAUCAAAGCUUGGCGCAUUUAUUCGCAUUGGCAGGAUGUCACUAUAGAAGAACUGAAGAGAGACCUCAAAGCAAUACAUAGAAAUGUCCAGCUCAGUGCCCUUGCAACCUGCGCAUCAGGAGCUAUUGAGCGUCCAAAACUGGAAGAAGUCAAAGAUGGUAUCAAUCUUCACUUGAGGGACGCGAGUGAAGUUCAAGCUGUGCCCGAGUCUCUCCAGCCGCUGAUUAGUGAGGCCCUGAACAGCAGUAACAAGCAUGUGCAAUUGGCAGCAGCGAUCUGCCAUGUCACAAUGGAGAAAGUGAAUGAAAGAGUUACAGAGAUCCUACGUGACAAUCUCCUUCAUGGAAAUUCUGCUGAUCGUUGGAUUGCAGCUCAAAGCCUGGCUCUCAAUGGUGACGACAGCUAUCCUGUAGUCAGCAGAAUUAUCCAGCAUCUCUUCGAUAAACCAGAACCAGAGAUUAUGAAGCAAGUCUGUCUGAUCCUGGGCCCACUCAGUGAGAGGACAACUCUGGCACAUUUCAUACUGGCGAAGCAUCUGAACAGCCGCAAUUGGCAAGAGAAGGUGCUAGCAUGCAACGUCUUCUCCUGUCUGCGUGGUUCACUUAACAAGGAUUUAACGCGCAAGAUUGUGCACUUGAUGUGGAAUGACUGGAACAGCAAUGUCCGACAGGCAGCAACACACUCAUUGGGAGCCUUGGGACUGGGGAAGGAAGCCCAUGAUAAGCUCAGGGAGAGAUUGGAGAAGGGGGAUUGCAGGGGCCGAAUCGAGGCCUUGUCAUGUAUUGGUCAGCUCGGAGUGAUGACUGGAAAACUGAUGCCAGGCUUCCUCGCCUGCUUCACUGAUGAUUCUGUUGGUGUGAGGCGAGAGGCGUGCCUGACAGCUGGUUUGCUGAAGAUAAAAGAUGACCAGGUCCUUCAACAUCUGGUGCGACUGAUGCAGUCUGAUCACAUCUGGAAAAUCAAGGCAUAUGCAAUCAAGGCUUUAGGAGCCAUUGGUCAUGUGACUGAGCAGCUGAAGGAUUUGCUUCUCUGGGCACUCCAUUACGAGCAAGAGCCUGGCAUCCGAAUGGAAGCCUGUAACAGUAUUGUGUCCCUGAACCUGAACGAUGCUAAUGUGCAGAAUGUUUUAAGAGAGCAGCUUCUGGUUGAGUCUGACCCACUUGUCCGCGAAGAUGUGAGGUUAGCGCUGCAGAGGCUAGGGGGGAGCAGUGAAGUCAAUGAAGGGAUGCUGCCAAAAAUCAAACAACAGAUCAAGACGCUGUGUCAGAAAGAUGUUGUCAUUUGGAAGCUGCUAAGGGUGGAGACGGUGAAGUUAAAUAUUGCCCAGCAGAUUGAGAGGAUCAACCUCCAGAAACAACCGGAGCAUCUGACAGCCCUGCGUGAACAGAUUGAGCAUCUGAACAAGAGCGUGAUUGCUCCCCGUCUCCCUUCGAUGGAGAUCAACGUUGAAGAUGACGUUAAGGAAUGUGAGGCUGAAAUUCAGUCAAUUCUGGACAGCUCUACUCCAGCAGCCUUACAGCCAAUAAAGGAAAAUCAGUUGGUCAAGUGCCAGCUGAAUGGGGAGUGGCAAACGCUCAGCGAGGAUGAACUGCAUUAUUCCAGAGCACUGAGGGAGGGCAAGUUAUAGCAGCCUGUCAGCCAUAUAAUGGACAACAGCCAAUUAGAAAAGGAAAUAAAGCACAGAAGAGACAUUUGCACUUGGAGACGGGAAGUUAAGUUUAAUAAAUAAGCCAGAAGUAACAGAUGGAAAUAAUCAGAAUGCAGAGUGAGUGUGUUUCUGAACACAGCACUGAGUUCUUCCUAUAGUGUAUGGGAAUACUUUAUUUUUAUACACAGAGCCAUCAAAUCUUUGCAAAGUUUAAUUGAGCAUGCUCUCUGUCAAGUGGAUCAAUAACCAGGAUUAAUUACGUAAAAUAAUUAGCAAGCCCGUUAGGACAUUCUACAUGGUGUUGUGAAGGCUGAUGGAAUCAGAUUGCAGAGGCAAAAGUUGGUGAGUGGUACUAAAAUGGACAGCUCCAUGAACUAGCACUUGCUUGUUGGAUUGAAUAGUCUUUUACAUUUUAACACUGGAUAUUUCUUCUAUCAACCAAUAGAUGUCUUCUGUUCAGUGGAACUCUCUCUAUAAACAAUCUCCUCUUCAUCACUGUUCUAAUGGAACAAUUUCCAUCUGUUGUACGUGGGAGGAAUUACUCCCUGUUGUUUUUAAUUAGUCAUUCAGUGAUACAGAACUUGAGUAUUAUUUAAAAAAAAACAUUCGUCCAAGCUUUGCUUUUUACACUCUUCAGGACAAUUUACAAGAAUACUAAUUUGAGGGAAAAAACCCCCACAUUUAUAUUGUACGAGAGGACAGUGAUUUGUUGGUAGGCAUAGUGGUGUUGCCAUGGAGAAUACACCCAUUAAUGCUGAUUGACAGCAGCUUGGCUUUGUCACUCUGACAAGUCCAUUUUGUUGAAUUCAAACAGGUGCAGUACAUAUACACAUUCUUUCUGUUUGUAAAGCACAGUGCCCAGUGUAUUAAUAUAGCUUCCAGUACAAAUCUAACUAUGCUAAAAUCGGCUGUCAGCAUAAUUCCUUGCAUAAAGAUUAGAUAAUCCUGAAUCUGCAAAGUGUCUCAUACUGUUAAUUACUUGGUGCAGAAACAACAGUUUAGCUGUGACGACAGGUUUCGGGUAAUGGUUUUUCUGUAUAAAAUGUGUCAAGUUACUUAAAACAUGUCUUAUUCCAACUUAAAAACUGUAAUGUCAAGAAAUUAUCAUAUUCUGGCUUUCAGUUUAAUGGCUGAUAAUUAUUUGGCAUAGUGAUGAAAUUAAUUUUAACAUUGCAAUGGGCAAGUCUGAGUGGAUCACCUAAUAAAGGAAUUGGCAAGAUUGAAAGCAAGUCCUUAAAUCCAAUCUCAAGGAGCUUUUGAUAAAAUAAAAUAACCCCAUUGCCUCAGUUUUGACUUUUGCACUACUGUGCCAUGCUUCUUUUGAGGAAGGGGGAAAUCUUAAUAGCCCUACUUCAUCCAGAAAAGUUCAGAGAAGAGCAAACUCCUAGGUUCAAAACCCUUCAACUAGCAAAAGGUUUGGAGUUCAGUCUGUUUCAUUGAGACACAGACAUAAUUUAUGUGGGGGCAAUGUGUGCCUAAGAUAUAUGGGCAAAAAUUAUUUUAGGUUUCAGGAUUUGUGUUUUUUCCUUUUAUUGGAAUGUUGGGCCUGGUAUCCUAGCAAAAAUUGGUCAGUAAAUCAGAAGCCCUCCCUCCAGCCUUGGUCACAAAUGCAUGGGGGAGAUGGUAGAAGACUUUGUGCUACUUGGUUGUCAUACAUUAAUCUCGAUGUGACUUUACAAGGGGGUGGUCAGUGUUUCUAACCUGAGAGUAAAUCGCCAAACUAGAUAACUUAAACCAGAUUUUUUAAAAAACUGCUAAUAAAGUAGCAGGGAAAGGCAAAAUAUAAUUAAUGGAAUUUAGAAGUGAGGUAGGGGUCUAGAUCAAUUUUAAUCAUAGAAGAUAGGCUGAGUAGAGCAAUGUUCUUCACUGUAGCAAAUGGAAUGCACUGCCUGAGAGGAUGGAGCAGGCACGUUCAAUUGCAACAUUCGAAAGGAAAUUAGACUAUUAUCUGAAAAUGAAGAAUGUGCAAGGUUCCAACAGUAUGACAAAAUAAAUUGCUCAUUUGAGAGCCAGUGUAGGUAACAGUUCUGUGAUCUGCGUAGUGUUUGUGAAUAACGUGUACCGUACAGGAGUAUCUGCAGUAGCUCAUGUAUCAAUGCAGAAUAACCCCACAUACCUGUUUUCCUAUGAAAUACAG